AUGGCGGCUGGCGCAGCGCCAGAAAGCGUGAUGGCAUUGGCCGCCCAGGUCCCCAACGCGCAGAAUGGAUCUGCAGAGCAGGGCCACAAUCAGCACCAGCGAGACCCGCCGCAGCAGAACAAUGAGCAGCAGGGCGCCCAAGGCGCCAAUGCAAAAGACGAGUCGUACUCCCCCUCUGAGCAGAUAGACAGCGAGGACGAGAGCGAGGCCGAGAGCGAGCUUCCGAAGCCAACGUCAGAAGGCUCUGGUUCGGAUAGCCAAAGCAAUUUACCCCCUGGCCCCCCGUCAACAGAACACGAAGACGAGCCCCACGCGGGCCCAGAAACCUCAAAGGAGCUGGAGGAGCUCUUGCGCUUCUACCUCAAUGCUCCCGAGAGUACCCCAUCGUACGUCCUGAGCAAUCGGAUUGGCCGCGUCUUGUGCGUCAUCCAACGCCGAAUUCCCCACGGGGACACGGACAAGAACGCCGGCAAGGUCGACCGCAAGAUCAUCGCCAUCAACCCCAACUUCUACGUCAUGACGGACAAGGCGUCUGCGGACCGCCUCAUCGCCCUCAUAGACAAGGCGGAGCGCCUGGAGCGGGAGUGGGAGGCCAACGGCGGCAAGCAGCACGCCCGCAGCAGCCGCAAGCGCCAUAGGGACAGCGUCCUCAACUAG